AAACAAAACAAUUAUUCCCAUAAAUAGGGGACUUAAACUCUUGCCAUAGACAGGGUAUUUACAUGGAUCUUAAAAUGAAAUUAAUUUAAUAAUGGAUGAAGUUAAUCUCUUAUUAUUUUGACACUAUCUUUUGAUAACAAUGUGCGUUAUAUACAUUUACAUAAAUGGCAAUGGUAAUCAUCAAAACGUUAUUAUAACUUUAAAAGGAGGCUUCCUUAUCUUAAAAUGUCAAUUUUUAGCAAGCACAAGUAGUAUUUGCCAUUUUAAAGACAUUACAGGCAGAACUUUAUUGAAACAGCUGCAUAACAAUUAGCCUACCAAGUGUUAGUGCCCCACUAAUGCUUUUAUGGGGAAGUUAAUACGUUAGAAUAUAUUCAGUGGUACAUUAAUGUUUUGACGUGGGCUUUUUAUUUUCUUAAAGUCUCUUUACAAAUGCUAAAGGUGAAGUCAUGCAUGCAGAGUAACCUGCCUGUUUUUGUAGCAGCCGUUAGCAGCAGCUCACAUGGGUCGUUUCCGGGAAACGUGUGUAGCAGCUCUGCAGCAGUGGUGCUCUUGAACAGACCUCUAGUAUUUCGUCCCGGCUAAAUUUCAACUGAUAAAACGCCAGCAGCUCCCUGUUAUUGUCUCUAGAUAACCAAUACAAACCGCAUUAAGCAUAUAUUAGAUGGAAACAAUGAUUUAUUGUGGUUGCUAAUUUCGGGUCUUCAUCGGGACCGGGGGACUGAAGGGACAGAGGAGUUAUGUCGCGCGGCAUGGACGAUGAGGGAGAUGAUAAUCUAUGCUUUGACACUGACUCAGAUUUAGUAGAAAAUAAGGACGGUACCAGGUGUCAAGUCAAAUGGACUCAGGAAGAGGAUGAAAAUCUCAAAAUUCUGGUCUGCAACAUUGGAAAAAAAGAUUGGAAAACUAUUGCUAGUGUUUUACCAGGGCGAACAGAAUACCAGUGUAUGCACCGCUGGCGAAAACAUCUGGAUCCUGACUUAAUUAAAGGCUUCUGGUCCAAAGAGGAAGAUGAAAAGAUAGUAGAGCUUGUGGCCAAGUAUGGCACCAAGCACUGGACUCUAAUUUCAAAGCAUCUAAAGGGUCGAUUGGGGAAGCAGUGCCGUGAUCGCUGGCACAAUCACCUCGACCCAAUGAUCAAUAAGAGCUGCUGGACUGAUGAAGAGGAUCUCGUCAUCUAUAAAGCCCACUCCAUUUUGGGAAACCGGUGGGCUGAGAUUUCCAGGCUGCUCCCAGGAAGGUCUGACAAUUCUGUGAAGAAUCAUUGGAAUUCGACCAUCAAACGUAAAGCAGAGCUGGGCUUCUUUAGAGAUGCUGCUCAAAGCAUUUCCAUUGAUAUUCAGCAAUUUGUGGAUGGAGAGGUGGAUUUCAAAUAUGACGUUGUUUUAGAUGCCGAACCAGUAACUCCUGAAGUGCUUAGGCCUGAGAAGUCACUGCAGGACAAGGAGCACCAUAAAGCCAAGCAGAAGACUGCUGCUCCACCUCCACAGAUGUCUACAUCAAAGAGAGAGUCUUCCUCCCCCAGUAAUUCUUUGCUCCCCAGCUCAAAAUCCAGUCCCAGCUCUGGCACCGCACCACCAGCCGUGCAGGUGGACCAGAAAAAGUUUGCUGAUGCAGCACUAAGGAUGAUUGCUGAGGACAUGCUGCCCCUCAGCUUUGUUGAAGGGGCUGGCUUCAGGUCUUUCAUGAGUACGAUCAGCCCUGAGUACAACAAGCUAUCCCAGCGCACAGUGGCCCUGCAGCUUUAUGAUGAGGUGGAACGAGCCAUCAAGCCUCAGCUCAUCCGUGAUCUUAAAUCCUGCCUUGCCACAAUGAAAGAUGGGGAAAGUGCCAUUCAUGUCACCGUUGAUCUCUGGGCAGGGGCUCAAACCCUGCCAGUAGAGGAUCCCAUUGUUGUUGUGCAGCUUCACUUUAUCAGUGAUUCCUGGCAGCUCCGCCGUCCUAUUGUGGCCUUCCGUCAUGUCAGCCACAAAAACCUCAGCAUUUGUGUGUCCAGGGAGCUCGAAGGUGUGCUGCUGAGCUAUGGGAUCUUUCCUCGCAGCAUUGGCUACGUCCUUGCCAACCAGGCCAAAGAAGCCCUAGCUACAAACAACUUGUUCUGCGACUACAAGAUUAUGUGCACGUCCAAUAGAGGAGAACCGGAUGGAGAUGAAGUGCUGGCAUUUCUGUCAGACCAAAUGUCUGAAGCUGAGUCCCCUUUUUCCAAGCUGCAGAUAGGGACAAGGACUACAUGUGCUGCCAGGACACUGCAGAUAGUGAUUAGGGAUGCCUUAAAAAAUUCAAGGGUAGUAGAGAACCUGCUCUCACAGGUCCACAAUGUGGUGGCUUUCUUCAAGAGCAGCCCCUACUGGAGCGAGGUUUUGCUGAAGGAGUACAAUGUGUCUUUGUGCCCUUCCUCUAGCAACUGUCGGUGGAACUCCAUGAUGCUAUCAUUACGGCGAAUGGUCCAGGAGUCUGUCUGGAGCUCCAUCAUGACUCUCCUGGCCCAGGCACGCAUAGAGGCUAGUGACACAGCCAGCGCUCCACCGCUGGUCAUGGUUAAGAGGGAACAAGUGAUUGACAUUCUAGGUCUUCUUGAGCCCUUUGAGGAGGCUUUGCAGGUCCUGCAGGGAAAUGGUGUGACUAUGUCUUUCAUCAUACCGUCCCUCAUUGGACUUGAUAAAACCUUGGAGAAUUGUGUCACCAACUACACCCACUUCUGCAAGGCCCCCUGACAGGCCUCUACACACAC